AUGUUUACGGAUCCUGAAGUCAUUGAGACGAUCAAGGCUCGAUCAACCCUCAUACGAACGAUGCGCAGCUUUUUCGAAUCACUCUCUUUUGUUGAAGUAGGAACACCUAUUUUGUCCGCCGUCGCCGGAGGUGCGACAGCCAAGCCCUUCCGGACGACAGCAACGGAGUUCAUGGAUCGAAAAUUGAGCAUGCGUAUCGCACCAGAGCUCUGGCUGAAGAGACUCAUAGUAGGCGGCAUGGACAGAAUCUUUGAGAUUGGCCCUUGUUUCCGAAAUGAGGGCCUCGACAAAAUCCACAAUCCCGAAUUUACAACCUGCGAGUUCUACGCCGUACGUCACGACUUGUCGCAAUUGAUGGAAUACACAAAACAGCUUCUCACCAAUAUGGCGCUGGCCAUGGAAUCUCUACCCCAUUCACGCACUCCCGAAACAGCCAAGCUUCUCAAAUCCAUUCAAGGCCCGUAUCGAGAAGUCGACUUCAUCCCCUCCUUGAAUUCCUCACUCGGCCUUGACCUCCCGAACUUUUCAUCCCCAAACGCGCAAUCCGAACUCCUCGACAUCUUCAAGUCGAAAAGUCUUCCUCUCCCACACAAUCCUACCGUACCACGUCUCGUCGACAAGCUCGCCUUCUUGUACCUCGAACCACACUCAGUAGACCGGCCCACUUGGGUCACCAAUAUCCCCGAAUGCCUCUCGCCGCUGGCCAAAUCGUAUAUUCUCCCAAAUGCUCCGAAUGAACAACCCGUCGCCGCGCGCGCCGAGCUAUUCAUCAACGCCAAAGAAGUCGUCAAUUGUUACGAGGAGGAGAACGACCCGUUCUGUCAGCGCCGCAAACUUCUUGACCAGCAGCGCUAUGCCGCCUCCUCAACGGAUGGGACGGGAAGGCCUGUCGUCGAUGACGAAGUUAUGAAAGUUGACGAAGAUUACUUGCAAGCUCUGGAGUGGGGUCUGCCCCCCACAGGCGGCUGGGGUUGUGGAAUUGAUCGACUAGUCAUGCUGUUCACCGGUAAGGAGAGGAUAGGCGAUGUCUUGACUUUUGGCAAUUUACGGGCUGUGACGAGGGGCGCCGAGAAGAAGACAUCGACGAGUGCACAGAAAUAG